UCCAUCCUCUCUUUCUCCAUCUCCUUUCUUCCAUUACUCUACUCUUCUUUCCUCAUUUCUCACCGAUAACUCACUCUCCCAUCCAACCCCUGCAUUUGCAUCCGCAUCUGCAUCCUCACUAUGCCCAGUGACGACACCUCUUCUCAGAACAGAAAUUCCGCUCCCUCCGAUUCCCGCCGAUGGCCCGAUGACGAGACCGCGUUGGACGCUGUCCGCCGCUUCGCCGACGAACAAGUCUCGUCCGUGCUCCAGUCGGUGAUGGGCAUUCCCUCCAUGUCCUCGCGGCCCUCUCCCGACCACUGGGCUAUCUUCGAUGAGGAAGCUUUCCGCAGGAGAGACGGCGGCGGCGACGCGAAGGGGGUCGAGCAUGCGCCAGGUACAGCUCCCGGUGCGGCGGACAAUUCUGAUCACUACAACCAGCGCCACAACCGCUAUCCGGCGCAUUCCUGGAGAGACUGGGACGAUCAGUGGUACGCAGAUAACCAUCCUAGAUGGCGCAGAAGUGACCGAGACUUCUUCGACUAUUUCUUCGACAGGGCCUCCUUGUUCGACAGUCCUUUCUCCUCCCGCUUCUUCCACCCCUUCCACCGCUCCAUGUUUUCGGAUUUCGCUAGCAAUUCCUUCGGUUGGCCCUUCUCCUACCUCCUCUUCAGCCCAUAUUCCCCCUUGCACCUGGAACGCCAGGAUCAGUACCACUCCCACCGCGACAGGGGUGUCUUUUCGUCCCUCAUGUCCUCAUUGAGCCUGUCGUCUGAGAAUGAGAACAACAACCCCGCAACGGAAACCCACUGGCGUGAAGCUUUUGAAGAUCUUAUUCGAUUGGAAAAUGGAAAACCGAUGCUCGAUCAGGACACCACUGCGCUGGCGAAGAGGGAAACCGCGAGAGAUUGGCUGUACGGUCUAGCGAAACGGGGCAGCUUGGGCGAUCAGUGGAAGAUUUCCGAAAGCGGAAGAGACGGCCGGUCAAACCCUAUGCUUGUGUUCCACGACUACACUUCGGACCGCGGCGAUGGCGGCGAGGUAUCUCUCGAAAGAACAGCAGACGAGAACGAGACCGAAACCAUGACGGAGCUGGACAUGUUCGAUCGCUUCUUCGAGGACGCUGCUGCCCGUGAAAGCAAGGCCAUUGCUGAAAUGUUCGAGAGUCCUAUACUGCGCUUGCUGCUGGAGGAGAGACGGAGACCCCGUGACGCCGACGAGAAAUGGCUGGAACCUGUAUCUGACAAGCGGAACGAGAACACGGUUCCCGAUACGCUUCCCGAGAAUAAGCUGCAGCCGACUCCCGUGACGGAAUCAACUACAACCACAGAACAACCAACCGUGAUCUCAACCAUGACGAGAACCGAGCGUGUCCGACUCCCCGAUGGAUCCACCCAAAAGAAGACAGUCUGGACAAAGAGAUUCUCAGAUGGUCGUGAAGAGAGCAACGAGACGACGGAAGUACUGAACCCUCCGCAUGGACAGAACAGUACAGGAGACUCUUCAUCUGCCAAUCAAAAGGAAUCCGGCUGGUUCUGGAGAGAUUAGACUGUUGUUCAGUCUUUGAUUUGCUAUCGUUCCACUCUCUUUUCUUUUUCUAUUUUUCACACUAUACCUAUGUGAUCUCAAGGAUCUACUAACCGUUGUCGUCAAUUAGCGCUGAUUUUCACUGCUGGCGUUGCUUUUCAAAAGCAUUCAUGUUCCUUGCCACACUCACAUUCUGUCUUUACGAUUUCCUAUCAUAUGUCUAUAUCUUAUUGAUGCUGAUACCAAUCUACUAUGGAAUUCCAUCUUUCCUUUUCGACGUGUUUCCUCCAUAUUACCAAGUUAAUCGUUGCAUUACUCCAUAUUGUGACCUCACAUCUUA